AAAAAAAAAAGAUCCGAUAAUAUUUCAGGAGUGUUUUCUACAUUAUCUACUAUUUUAUUCAUAAUUUUCUAAAAAAGAAAUUAUCCUAAUAUACUUUAUUAACUUUAAUGCAUAGAAAAUCGGAUAAAGGAUUACAAAGACAAAAAGAACUAAAGUUAAAGGUUUGUAUUCGGCAAUAAAAUAGAAAUAUUUAUAACUACGCAAUUUUAAAAUAAGGAUGAUGAGUCUAAGAAAAUAUCAAAGAACAAUGAUAAAUCCUCAAAAUGUCAAAGGAACAAGAGUUUAUCGAUAAAAAAAAUGUCUUUGGGAAAGACCUAUAAUGACAUGCAGAAUAAACCGGAAGCUAAUAACGAAUUAGACAACGAAACGAACAAAACGGAUAAGAAUCAAUCUACCAUUUCAGCCUAUACAAGGUAUACAACCUGCCGGCAGCAUGAUGAAAAAUGCGAAAAUUUUUGCGCAACUUGCAAUACUCCAGUUUGUCCUAAUUGUAUUGUAGCAUUCCACGAUACUCAUUUCUUAGUAAAUGUUCGACGACAAUCCGAUUGUCGAAUAAAAGAGUUAAGCGGUGUUCUAAAUGCACUCAAAGACGUAUCUAGGAAAGUUCGCUUUCAAUUGGAAGAAAUCGAAAACAAAAGAGAUUUAAAAUUACAAGAAUACAUUAGCGAAAUUCAUAGGAGGAUCGGUAUUAAUGCCGAAGAAUUAAAAAAUGCCCAUAAGAAAUCUUACGAGGAAUGUAUAGAGGCCAUUGAAGUUCAGGAGGACGAUUUAAAAAGGCAAGUCUCGAAGGUAGAAGAAAAAUAUGCCCAAUCUCUUCAUAAAGCAUGUAUUAUGAUAAAUGAAUAUAAGGAUCUGAUAGAAAAAAAAGUUGAUUACGUUGAUUAUUUAAUAAGAGAGGCUCCUUUUAUUGAAAUAACAAAAGAAGCUUGCGUUCAAGUACGAUUAGACGCGGAGCAUUUAGACAUUCCAGAAUUACCACCUUGGAAAGAGGUAUGCUUUGAGGAAGAUGGAAUUCUCAAAACUGGGAUGGACGUACCAAAAAUAAUAGCCAUUUUUAAUGAUCCCAUAAUGACAAAACCAGGUCCUAAUAGCUUUAUAUUAAAUAGUGAUUUUUGUUCAAAAGGUCUACCGAAUGACAUUUGUUCUACCCCGAUUGGUAUAAUUGUCGCCACAGACAAAGAAUUGGCCGAGUUUACUGUUAGCAAAAAUAAUUUCGUCUGUGAAAAGUACCAUUUAUUCAACGGUGAAGUAAUAUCAGUUACUUGUACUAAAGAUGGCAGUGGUCUCUAUUUCGUUGCCAGGAGCGGGUCGAGUUGUUGGUCUUUACAUAGAAUUGUAUUGAGAAGGAGAGCUAUUAUUGUUGGUGAAUUUGACGAUGUCAAGUGUUGCCAUUGUAUACAAUCUACUGGUGAUGUCCUUGUUAUUGGUAUAGUAAAAGGCGAUUGCUAUUAUACAUUAAGCGAAUGGACUCCGGGUUGCGCUCGUUUAGAGAGUAAAGAAAAACUGCCAGAUAGUAUGAACGUUAUAGAUUCCACUUGCCUAUGGAUGGCAAAUAACACCCACACUAGAAUAACUAUUAUUAGCGAUAAUCACAAUGUAUGGCUGGUCGGUAAAGUCGAUUAUAAGACGAUAUUUAAGCGAAUAGACGGAUAUUGCUGCCCAAGAGGUGCAUGUGAAUUUCCGUCCGGUUUCCUUCUCGUUGAAGCUGGCUAUAACAGAAUUGUCAAGGUCAAUGAAUUCGGCUUACGAGAAUGCGUUUGUAUCGAGGAUAGACUUUGCGCCCCUUUGGUGGUGACGUAUAACGAAAAAAAUGAGCGGUUGUUUGUUGGCCUAUGUGGAGCAGAAAUGCCUAUCCGUAUUUAUAUAUCGCCUUCAAGAACGCCUUGUCCGAUGAGAGCUAGGGCAGGUCAGGGAAUGGAUAAUCAGAAUUUCUGCGAUUUUCCGCAGUCGGACCCAUUAAGCACGGCGAUGACAUCUCAAGCAAGUAAACGAGAUACUGUAAGAGGAGACCAGCAACAGCAAAAUUGGAAAUUCGAAGAUGGAACAAUAAUGACAAAAUAG